UCACGUUCUUUUCUUCUUUUUUCAAUUUGAUUCUGAUAGUUGUGUCGACGAUGAUCUUUGCUUCAUGAUUCUCAUUUCCGAUGCCUUUUCAUGCGCCAAACUCACCUUCACUGCUCCUACCCUAUCUGAUUCUUAUGAUUUCUUGCGGAUAAUUUCUCUCAACUACUCCUAAUGAACGUUUCAGAAACUAGGAAGCAGUUUGUCCUAAAAGAAGAAUAAAAGAAAGGACGCUCCUCUUCCUCACAGAUGAAGAACAUUGUGGGAAUCUUAGCGAGUAGGGAAAUUUCCACAAACACAAAAAUGAUAACCGAGUCUCAACGUAGACUUCAUUCCUGUGUGGAAGAAUAUACAUUGAAGCAUUGCUCAACUGUUACAAUUUUUCAUUCCACUACUAUACCACAGGGUAUAAUAGAAUUUUUUCAGGGUGGUGAUCUAUGUUACUGCAGAAGUGCUAUAUUGGAAGAUUAUCCAAAAGUAUUCGAAUGGAUAACUUCAUGCCAGCUUCCAGUGAGAUCAAUUAUUAGAUUUGAUGAAUCAAAUUGGAAUUUCGUUCAGGCCCUUCAGUGGCAUCAAAAUGCAUCAAUUUCAACUCAUCUGGCCCUAAUAUUUAUGACGGGUGAAGUAGCUGUUAUUGAAAAUGCGGGACAUGAAUGCCAUUAUAUCACAACUAAACCUACACUGAUUGAUAGAUCCAUCUCUUUACAUGCUGAAGAAGAAAUUCUUGCUUUUACAAUAGAUAAGGAGUUACAUAUUUGGAGAUAUAACCAGGAUAAUCAUUCUCAUGCUAUACUAAUUGCAUCUGGAACAAUUAAAAAAGUCCAAUUCCACCCGUUGGGUGCGCCAUACAUAUUGACUGCCGAGGUGAAUAAUUGUAAAAACCUCAAACGUAGCGUGCUAAUUACGUUUAGAUCUUAUCAUCCAGAAGGGUCAAAUGAUAUACUUUUGACCACUACAUCUACUGCACCAGAUUUUUCAAUCGUUGUGGAUGAAAGUGCUGAGGCUGCAUCAACAUUCCGGAUUCGUCGAAAAGUUGCUAAUUUUUGUCCAUUAACUAUUGAGAUGAACCCUCUUAUUACCUUCAAUCCACCCGCAAGAGAGAGCUUGGUUAUGGAGGAACAAACUGUGGUGGAAUGCCUCCGUGUUGUGGGACUGAAGAUUUGGCAAUAUGAUGCCAAAGCUUACAAUGUGCUUGAAAACGAACGUUUAUGCAUACCGAACGUCGUUCUGAACUGUGAAAGGAGUGCAGACAUCUCCCCAUGCGGCAAAUUCCUGGUUGCUUGUGUUGUUAAUCGACAGAAAGCCGACGAGAAGAUCUUCAAAUUAUUUUACGAGCAGCUUGAUGAUUCUACACUUUGUACGCUCGUAUAUGAUAUAAGGGUGUAUUCUAUAGCAGAUUGCAGUUUUGGUAGAGUUCUUAAAACAAAAGGGAUCAAAGCUGGUUAUGCGGUGAAUGCAAUUCAGUUCUCUCCAACUUCAAAAUACAUAGUGGUCGGGUACGGCAGAAGGCAUUAUUCUCUCAAAGGAAUUGGGUGGCCUUGUCCAUAUACUAUAUUGGAGAUUUACAGGAUUUCAGAUAUGAAGCUUAUAAGAAGCAUCAGUAGUCAUACAGCGGUGACCAAUGUGGCACGCUUUCAUCCCAAGCCUGGAGAAGGUAUAGUCUAUUGCACAAAGGAAUUGAAGGGAGGCAGAAUUAUUGCCCUCAAAGGUUACCCAGAAAAUGAAGAGAACUAAAUUGAGAUGAUACUUCGUUUUCAUUCCUCCUGAAGGACUAGAUUGGCGAUGGACCCCAAGACUGGUAUUAGUCUCUAGUUGUUCUGAUUGAUUUUUUUUUUUUUUUUUUU